AUGUUAGUGGACACUGAUGAGAAGCGCGCAGAGAAAUUCAGGAACGGACUGCGCCACGAGAUAUCGAUCUCCCUAGCGAGUCAGGGAGGUCUCACUUAUGCACAAACACUGAGCAGGGCUCUCACCAUUGAGUCAUUGCUACCAAGGGAGAAAGCAAAAGCUCCGGGACAGUCUGGAUUUGUACCACCUCAAGAUGGUGGUAAAGGAAAAAGAAAGUGGAACGAGGGAGCUGGUGGAAACCCUGGAAAUGGAAAUGGGAAGAAACCAUGGGUUGCAAACCAAAACCAGAAUCAGCCUCAGAACCAGCAGCAUCAGGCAAUUAUUAAAACACCUUGCCCGAAGUGUCAGAAACUCCAUAUGGGAGAAUGCCUGAGAGGAAUGAACAUCUGCUUUACUUGCGGAGAAACUGGGCACUAUGCUCCGGCAUGUCCAAGAAAGAGAGGAGGAGCACCGCAACAGCCACAGAACCAGGGUUGUGGAGGACAUCGGGGGCCGCCCCAAAAUGCUAGGGCAUAUGCCCUUAACCAAAAUCAAGCAGCGGGAAACCAAGAAAACUUGGUAGGUAUGAUAAAUGUCUUUGACGUGCCGAUAAUAGCUUUGUUUGAUACUGGAGCGUCCCACUCUUUCAUUUCACAUGCUGCUUGUAAGAGAUUAGAACUGACUGCACAAUUGGCUGAGACAACUUUAGAGGUUAGCACCCCUAGUGGUGGAAGAUUGGCUGCUAAGGACGUUAUCUCGAACUUAGAGCUGAACAUAGGUGCUGAAACGUUUAAGGCAAAAUUUUAUGUCAUCGCUAUAAUAGAUUAG